GAAGUGAGAGCCACCAUGAAUGGUCAUAUUUCUAAUCAUCCCAGUGGUUUUGGAAUGUACCCAUCUCAAAUGAAUGGCUAUGGAUCAUCACCCCCCUUUUCCCAAAUGGACAGAGAUCACAGUUCAAAAACAAGUGCAAAGGCUCUAUAUGAACAAAGGAAGAAUUAUGCAAGAGACAGUGUCAGCAGUGUGUCAGAUAUAUCCCAGUACCGAGUUGAACACCUGACUACCUUUAUUCUGGAUCGGAAAGAUGCUAUGAUAACCGUGGAUGAUGGAAUAAGGAAGCUGAAAUUGCUUGAUGCUAAGGGCAAAGUAUGGACUCAAGAUAUGAUCCUUCAGGUGGAUGACCGAGCUGUGAGCCUGAUUGAUUUAGAAUCAAAGAAUGAAUUGGAGAAUUUUCCUUUGAACACCAUCCAACACUGCCAAGCUGUCAUGCAUUCAUGCAACUAUGAUUCGAUUCUUGCCCUUGUAUGCAAGGAACCAACUCAGAACAAGCCAGAUCUUCAUCUUUUUCAAUGUGAUGAGAUUAAGGCGAAUCUGAUAAGUGAAGAUAUUGAAAGUGCAAUCAGUGACAGCAAAGGAGGGAAACAGAAGAGGCGCCCCGAGGCCCUGAGGAUGAUUUCCAAAGCAGAUCCUGGCAUACCACCUCCACCUAGAGCUCCUGCACCUGUGCCACCAGGGACUGUCACCCAGGUGGAUGUUAGAAGUCGAGUAGCAGCCUGGUCGGCAUGGGCAGCUGACCAAGGGGACUUUGAGAGACCACGGCAGUAUCACGAGCAGGAAGAAACACCAGAGAUGACAGCGGCCCGAAUUGACAGAGAUGUGCAAAUCUUAAAUCAUAUUUUGGAUGACAUUGAAUUUUUUAUCACAAAACUCCAAAAAGCAGCUGAAGCAUACUCUGAACUUUCUAAAAGGAAAAAAACUAAGAAAAGUAAAAAAAAAGGACCAGGAGAGGGUGUUUUAACACUGAGGGCAAAACCUCCACCUCCUGAUGAAUUUGUGGACUGUUUCCAGAAGUUUAAACAUGGAUUUAACCUUCUGGCCAAACUGAAGUCUCAUAUCCAGAACCCUAGUGCUGCUGAUUUGGUUCAUUUUUUGUUUACUCCAUUAAAUAUGGUAGUGCAGGCAACAGGGGGUCCUGAACUAGCCAGUUCAGUACUCAGCCCUCUCUUGACUAAGGACACAAUUGAUUUCUUAAAUUAUACUGUCAAUACUGAUGAACGGCAGCUGUGGAUGUCACUGGGUGAAACUUGGAUGAAAGCCAGAGCAGAGUGGCCGAAAGAACAAUUUAUUCCACCAUAUGUUCCACGGUUCCGCAAUGGCUGGGAGCCCCCCAUGCUGAACUUCAUGGGGGCACCAAUGGAACAAGAUAUGUACCACUUGGCUGAAUCUGUGGCAAAUGUAGCAGAACAUCAGCGCAAGCAAGACAUGAAAAGAUUGUCCAAUGAGCACUCCACUGUCUCUGAGUAUCCUCCAGCUGAUGGAUAUGCAUUCCACAACAACAUGUAUACAAGAGGGCCCCAUCUGGACCAUGGGGAAGCUGCUGGUGCUUUUAAGCCAACUCCUAAUCGCCAUGCAGAUAGAAAUUAUGACCCACUCAAAACACAACCGAAGAAAUAUGCCAAAUCCAAGUAUGACUUCGUAGCAAGGAACAACAGUGAGCUCUCAGUUCUGAAGGAUGAUAUAUUAGAGAUACUUGAUGAUAGGAAACAAUGGUGGAAGGUUCGAAAUGCAAGUGGAGAUGCUGGGUUUGUGCCAAAUAAUAUUCUGGAUAUUGUGAGACCUCCAGAAUCUGGAUUAGGACGUGCUGAUCCACCGUACACACAUACCAUACAGAAACAAAGGAUGGAGUAUGGUCCAAGACCAGCUGAUACUCCUUCUGCCCCAUCACCACCUCCAACGCCAGCUCCUGUUCCUGUCCCCCUUCCACCUUCUGUACCAGCACCUGUUCCUGUGUCAAAGGUCCCAGCAAAUGUAACACGUCAGAACAGCAGCUCCAGUGACAGUGGUGGUAGCAUUGUUCGGGACAGCCAGAGACACAAACAAGUGCCCGUGGACCGAAGGAAGUCUCAGAUGGAGGAAGUACAGGAUGAGCUCAUCCACAGGCUGACCAUUGGUCGGAGUGCUGCUCAGAAGAAGUUCCACGUGCCACGGCAGAAUGUGCCAGUUGUCAACAUCACCUAUGAUUCCACACCCGAGGAGGUGAAGACAUGGUUACAGUCAAAAGGGUUUAACCCUGUGACUGUCAAUAGUCUUGGAGUAUUAAAUGGUGCGCAACUUUUCUCUCUCAACAAAGAUGAAUUGAGAACAGUGUGCCCUGAAGGGGCCAGAGUCUUUAGCCAAAUCACUGUACAAAAAGCUGCAUUAGAGGAUAGCAAUGGCAGCUCUGAGUUGCAAGAAAUCAUGCGAAGACGACAGGAAAAGAUCAGUGCUGCUGCUAGUGACUCGGGAGUGGAAUCUUUUGAUGAAGGAAGCAGUCACUAAUUUGUUGUUUGUUUUUAAACUCCAUCUUUCUUGGCAUUACUACAACAUGCUUUGUUUUAAGAAGCCUUGAAGGGAAUGUCAGAUCUGUUUUUCUAGGUAUACAUAAUUUAUUGCCAUAAAAAACCAUACCUGAGUAAGCAGAGGAAUUGCUUUUGGGCCCAUUAUUUUUAUUAAAACUGACACAUUUUAGACUGAAUUUUUUUUUUUACCUUUGGGAAUAUUUUUCCUACUUUAACAAUUAAUUAUUUCACCCAUCAUAUUGUAUAAGUAGGAAUUUAUUGUCCAUGAUUCAAAAUCUAAACAAUUCAUUUUUUUGUACAUGUGGUGUCAGGCAUGGUGUAGCUCCCUGAGGCUGGCUUCUGCAUUCUUGGGUCUCUCGUCUGACAUGCUCAAAGAUAGAAUAUUUAGAUUUAUUUUAAGUUCUUAAUGCCAACUGUUUAAAAAUUAAAGCAUCAAAUGAACUGUAUAGUCAGUCCUCAGAUAUGCAAAUAACAACCUCUGGAGCAUUCUCAAAACAUUUUAUUUGUCAUGGCUCUGUUGAUUGCAAUUCCUUGCAUAGCUUGUAUUUUGAUUUAGUUUAUAUUCUGCUUAUUAUGUAUACUGUGUUCUUAUAUAUAAGAAAGCACAAGUGGAAAGAGGUCAUAUACAUUCAAAAUCUAUCACAGGAAGUAGCCUGCAUUGGUGUGCAUUACAGUAUUUUGCCUAAUGAAGGCCUCAGUUAUGAAUAUUGAUAUAAGUAGUUCAAGGAUAUUGGGGCCAUUUCAUGUGAUUGUCUGUGUCAAGUCUUUCUGGUGAUAAGAAACAUAUAAUUUACACAUACUUUAAUCUUGUGAAAGAUUCUAGAUAAAGAAAAGAAAGAUACCUAACCUUCAACAAAUGUUAUUUUUGGAAACACGAUUUUUGUCAUUAAAUGUUAUAUUAUUUCACAUAUAUAAAGCAGAUGUUAUGUAAGAAUGUUGUAUAUUUUAACAUAAAUUCAUUUAGAGAGAUUAUCUAGAUUCAUUAAUUUUUCAUAGUGCCUUUUUCACAUGAGUCAGCUGGAAAGUCUACAAUAAACAGUAUUUGCUGUAUGUUAACAAAUGGCUUCU